CUGGAGCCGGGCGGAAUGGAGAGGAAAGAGCAGCGGGGCGGAGGGCGGCGGACCGACGCCCACCAGGACCCGUGCGAGGGCGAACCCGGGGGCGCGGUGGUGCAGCGAACGCAAGUGGUGCUCCUGGCCGGCGAGCCGUGGGGGGCCGAGAGCGGCCAGCAGGUCCUCAGCUCCUUCGCGCACCACGUGCUGCCCACAACGGGUGGCGGCUCCCAAGAGGCCCCUGGUGCCGAGCCCACCGCGAAGGCGCAGCAGCAGCAGCAGCAGCUAGGCACUCAGUCGCCGCCCUGCACUUCCUCGGUCGCGCCGUCGGGGCAGCUGACUUUCUUCCUGUGCCGGGCGGCGUCGCUGCGGGAGCGGGCGGCGCGGCUGCGGGAGGUACUGCAGGGCGUGCGGGACCAGAGCCGCGGCGCGCCGGCCGCCCUGGUGGGCGUGAUUGUGCAGCCGCGGCCCGAGGAGGAGUACGAAGCCCUGAUUCGCCUCGAGGAGCUGCUCCGCGAGGUCUUCGAAGUCGAGGGCGCCUGCUCUAUGGAGAUCCACACGGCCGUCUUCGCUCCCGGCCGGCCCGACGGCGCCCUCGAGCUCCGGCGCGUCAAGGGCCGCGUCGCCACCAAGCGAACGCUGAGCGAAACUUGGACAGACAAAUCAAGGUUUAUUCAGUUGUUGGGAGCUGCGCUGUCUUUCGGAACAAUGGCCUACGGGGGCUAUUACUUCUACCAUCACCCGCCAAUGUAAAGCCUUCUACUCUGCCAGGACUUCUCCCUCCUUACCUGGUUAAGAUCAUUGCAUCAGCUUGAGAUAAUAUAAGCUGUCCCGAGGACUUCUAAGCAGCUGGAUACCAGGACGCUCGUUUUGCACAUAAUGAAAUGGAAAAGUCAGAAAGGUUGCAGAAAUGUGUUGGCACCACCCUUUGACAUGUUGCUUGCCCUAGUGUGUUCGAUCAAAGGAAGUCCCCCAGUAAGGGAAGGCCCGUAGCUCAGGGGCAGAGCCCCUGCCUUGCAUGCAGAAGGUCCCAGGUUCAAUCCCCAACAGCAUCUCUCCAGGUAGGGCUGGGAAUGUUCCCCACCUGAAACCCCAAGUGCUUCUGCCAUACUCAGUUAGAUGGAUCAAGGGUCUCACUCAAUAGAAGGCAACUUUGUAUGUUCCAAUUUAAUACAUUCCUUUAUUCAGAACCAUGUGGAUUAGAAUCUUACCUUGUAGAAAGGGAGUAGCUCAGUGGCAGAGCACACACUUUGCAUGCAGCAGGUCCCAGGGUCAAACCCGGAAAUAUCUUCAUGUAAGACUGGGAGUGUUUCCUGCCUAAAACCCUGGAGAACUGCUGCUGGUCUAGAGGGUACUAAGCUAGAUGGAAUAAUGGUCAUACUCUGUAUCUUAUCUACACCUGUAGGUAGUUGAUUUUAGAUGUGGAAUAUAAAUCUACCAAAAUAAUUUUCUUAAUUCACCCGAAUCCUUAUUGCAAGUUAAUUAUUGGAAAUAUAAGUAAGCAAUUGUAUGAACUUGUUAGUUUUUGUUAAGACAUUAUUGCUGUUUCUAUUAGAUAUAUUGUAUUAUUAGUAACUGUAAGUUUUAAAAACAGUUUUUAAUGUUGCAUUUUAAAUUGUUGUAACCUGCCCAGGUACCCUAGUGUGAAGGGCAGAUCAGUAACAACAACAAUAAUAAUAAUAGUAGUAAUAAUAAUAAUAAUGUAUUGUGACAAUGAGGCAUGCAUAUGGGUGAUCAUUUUGUACUUUUCUGUUGUGAACCACCCUGGGCUCUCCAGAUGAAAGGUGGUAUACAAAUGUAAUAAACAAUGGCCAUAAUAUAAAUUUGUCUUUGUAUCUGUUAAUAAUUCUCUCUAUUAAUAUUUGCCCUUGAAUUGUUGCCUUUGUCCCCUGCUCCUAAUGUGGUGCUUGCAUUUCCCUCCCCUUCCCCCACAGGUCUCGUGCUCAUCUGGAUUUUCAGCUGUCACCCAGAAUAAAAAUGUACAAAACCGAAA